AUGGAUCUGAUACCCACUGACGUCUUACGUGAGAUUACGAAAUACCUAUGUUUUGAAGACAAACUCAAGUACGCACUUGUUUGCAGAAACUGGCACAUUGCCAUUACAUUUCAUGGAUUGCUCUACCACAAGAUUGAACUAUUUAAAGGCCACAGCCUGAAAAACGCGGUAAAUACAUUUAAACGACCAGGCAACGAAAAGCUUAUCCAGACCGUGGAAGAGCUCGAAAUCUACUUUCCAUGCGACGAUAUCAAUCUCAUCACCCUCUUCAGUCACCUCAAGAAACUCACAUCAGGAUUUGUCACGUACUCUGGAUUCGAUUUCAUGGAGAUGGAGCAUAUUUGCGACAUGACAGCGUAUGAGCGUUCUGUGCAGAAAUUAAAGCGUUUGGAGUACAUUGUAGAGGACAACCUGCAUUAUCCAUUUGUCAUGCCCAUCUUGAAAUCGCCACACAAAACUGUCUAUUUGAAACACAUUAGCUAUGCGUUCUACAAUUGUGCCUUUUCGCAAGGAGAGAUGCAAAUGGAAGCCGCAUUCAACUACGAGGCUAAACUAAGGCCCAUGAUACCCCUCUUGAAGAAUGCGCCCAACCUCACGUUUUUAGAGCUGAAGCGUUUGCACAUCACACCAUUUGACUUGGAAGAAAAUCAUGAACAGUAUGCGCCCAACCUGACCACACUCAAGCUAAUUGACGCUUUCCCACACAUUCUACACACAAAACAAAUCACGCUCAAAAAGUUGGCAUUGAAGAUGAAGUCAUUUGCACUGGAGUUUGAUCAGAGCAUGGAUGGAAUGCAAUCAGAAAUGAAUGCCAAACACAACAGCAAGAGUCUGUGGCUCAAAUAUGUCACAGCGAAAUACCCUAAUCUGACCGAAUUGGCCAUCAACAUCACCAAAGUGCACGAGGUAUACCUUCUGAAGGGCGUAUUUGACAAGCUGUAG